CACCGUGGGGAGUUAUACCUGUUCUUGUUUGACCGGCUAUGCUGGAAAUGGAACCUACUGUGAGAAUAUUGACGAGUGCAGUUCAGAUCUUCACAACUGUCAUCAGGACGCCAUUUGCACUGACACAAUGGGUACAUUUAACUGCCAUUGCAAGACUGGUUACACAGGAAAUACAACACAUUGCGAAAUUAUAACUUGUACAGUGCCCCAGCCGCCCACCAACGGUCUAAUCAGUCCAAUCAGUCAGGGAAGCUUCAUGUUCAACAUCAGCCUGAGCAUUUCUUGUCUGACCGGGUAUCAGCUGAAUGGUGGUCAUAGUGUGGCUUGUCAAGCCAACGGGAAACCUUCUGCGACUAGUGGCAUCACUUGUGAUGAUAUCGAUGAAUGUGCAUCCAGUGCACAUAACUGUGACUCAUCAGCAACGUGCACAAACACUGUUGGAUCAUUCACAUGCACUUGUAAUGCUGGUUUCUAUGGAAAUGGAACCUCUUGUCAGGGUUGUACCUACACUGAAUUGAACAUCGUCGGUGUUAACAGAACUACUGGUCAAGUAACCUGUGAAACUGGCUAUACACGUGUUGAAGGCAAUUCAGUUGCUACAUGCCCCAAGAACUCAACAACUGGCAAUUGGGAAGGAGUUGGAAGCUGCAGAGCCUUGUGCAGCACUCCGAUGAUUGUGAAUGGAGUGGCAAAUGGAAGUGCCGUUGUUGUUGCAAACUCGGCUGCUGACUUCUACUCUUCAGUUGUGUAUACCUGUAAUGGAGGAUACAGUCUAUCGAGUGACCGGGCAACUAUUCAAUGUUCUGUUGUAAAUGACAAUCCAGAGUUUACCUUACCACCUAGAUGUGAUGAUAUCGAUGAAUGUGCAUCCAGUGCACAUAACUGUGAUUCAUCAGCAACGUGCACAAACACUGUUGGAUCAUUCACAUGCGCUUGUAAUGCUGGUUUCUAUGGAAAUGGAACCUCUUGUCAGGGUUGUACCUACACUGAAUUGAACAUCGUCGGUGUUAACAGAACUACUGGCCAAGUAACCUGUGCAACUGGCUAUACACGUGUUGAAGGCAAUUCAAUUGCUACAUGCCUCAAGAACUCAACAACUGGCAAUUGGGAAGGAGUUGGAAGCUGCAGAGCUUUGUGCAGCGAGCCAGCAGCAAUCACCAAUGGUGUUGUGAAUGGAACUCAAGUUGCUGUUUCUGACUCUUCAGCAAACUUGUACUCUUCAGCUGUGUAUAACUGCAAUCAGGGAUAUAGGCUUUCAACAGGCACGAGCAACACGCUUGUUAAUUGUUCCGUCUCGAGUGAUGUCGCUGAUUUUGGAUCAAUACCAGCUUGUCAAGCCUGUACGGUUGAUGGUAGUGGUCACAACAUUGCCUCAGUGUCAGCUAGUGGCACAGUAACAUGCAACGAUGGAUACUAUUACAAUGGGUCGCUGCCUGUUUGCCAAGAUGCGUUUGUGUCCUGGCAGAACAUUGGCAGUUGUCAAGCUUGCAAGAUUCCAGAAGGGCAGUUCAUUGAUUCCAUUCUUACCACUGGAGUUGUAACCUGUGUUACUGGUUAUGAGAACAUUCCAGGCCAAACAGCUCAAACGUGUACCAACACUGGUGGGCUGUGGCAGAAUGCACCAACAUGCACAAUCAAAGUAUGUCAAACUACUACACCUGCAAAUGGUAGUGUCAGUCCACCUCCGCCGACAAUUAACUUUAAUCAGAGCGUAAUUUACUCCUGCAAUACUGGCUUCCGUUUGGUUGGUGAGCCUAGCUCUCGUUGUGAUGAUAGUGGAAGUCUUACAGCCGCGGCCCCCGUGUGCCAAGACAUUCAUGAAUGCAACAACGAGACUCUUCAUGAUUGUCACCGUGAUGCACGGUGUAACAACUCCGUGGGGAGUUAUACCUGUUCUUGUUUGACCGGCUAUGCUGGAAAUGGAACCUACUGUGAGAAUAUUGAUGAGUGCAGUUCUGAUCUUCACAACUGUCAUCAAGACGCCAUUUGCACGGACACAAUGGGCACAUUUAACUGCCACUGCAAGACUGGUUACACAGGAAAUACAACACAUUGCGAAAUUAUAACUUGUACAGUGCCCCAGCCGCCUACCAACGGUCUAAUCACCCCAGUCAGUCAGGGAAGCUUCACGUUCAACAUCAGCCUGAGCAUUUUUUGUCUGACCGGGUAUCAGCUGAAUGGUGGUCAUAGUGUGGUUUGUCAAGCCAACGGGAAACCUUCUGCGACUAGUGGCAUCACUUGUGAUGAUAUCGAUGAAUGCAGUCCCUCUGGUGUAAAUGAUUGUGCCUCAUCAGCAACGUGCACAAACACUGUUGGAUCAUUCACAUGCUCUUGUAAUGCUGGUUUCUAUGGAAAUGGAACCUCUUGUCAGGGUUGUACCUACACUGAAUUGAACAUCGCUGGUGUUCACAGAACUACUGGCCAAGUAACCUGCACAACUGGCUAUACACGUGUUGAAGGCAAUUCAGUUGCUGCGUGCCCCAAGAACUCAACAACUGGCAAUUGGGAAGGAGUUGGAAGCUGCAGAGCCUUAUGUAGCACGCCAGUGAUCGCGGAUGGAGUGGCAAAUGGAAGUGUCAUUGUUGUUGCAAACUCCGCUACUGACUUCUACUCUUCAAUUGUGUAUACCUGUAAUGGAGGAUACAGUCUAUCGAGUGACCGGGCAACUAUUCAAUGUUCUGUUGUAAAUGACAAUCCAGAGUUUACCUCGCCACCUACAUGUGAUGAUAUCAAUGAAUGUGCAUCCAGUGCACAUAACUGUGACUCAUCAGCAACGUGCACAAACACUGUUGGAUCAUUCACAUGCGCUUGUAACGCUGGUUUCUAUGGAAAUGGAACCUCUUGUCAGGGUUGUACCUAUACUGAAUUGAACAUCGCCGGUGUUAACAGAACUACUGGCCAAGUAACCUGCACAACUGGCUAUACACGUGUUGAAGGCAAUUCAGUAGCUACAUGCCCCAAGAACUCAACAACUGGCAAUUGGGAAGGAGUUGGAAGCUGCAGAGCCUUAUGCAACACUCCAAUGAUCGCGGAUGGAGUGGCGGAUGGAAGUGCCGUUGUUGUUGCAAACUCGGCUGCUGACUUCUACUCUUCAGUUGUGUAUACCUGUCAUGGAGGAUACAGUCUAUCGAGUAACCGGACAACUAUUCAAUGUUCUGUUGUAAAUGACAAUCCAGAGUUUACCUUACCACCUACAUGUGAUGACAUCAAUGAAUGUAUCUCUAGCACAGAUGACUGUGACUCAUCAGCAACGUGCACAAACACUGCUGGAUCAUUCACAUGCGCUUGUAAUGCUGGUUUCUAUGGAAAUGGAACAUCUUGUCAGGGUUGUACCUACACUGAGUUGAACAUCGUCGGUGUUAACAGAACUACUGGCCAAGUAACCUGUGCAACUGGCUAUACACGUGUUGAAGGCAAUUCAGUUGCUACAUGCCUCAAGAACUCAACAACUGGCAAUUGGGAAGGAGUUGGAAGCUGCAGAGCCUUGUGCAGCACUCCGGUGAUUGUGAAUGGAGUGGCAAAUGGAAGUGUCGUUGUUGUUGCAAACUCCACUGCUGACUUCUACUCUUCAGUUGUGUAUACCUGUAAUGGAGGAUACAGUCUAUCGAGUGACCGGGCAACUAUUCAAUGUUCUGUUGUAAAUGACAAUCCAGAGUUUACCUUACCACCUAGAUGUGAUGAUAUCAAUGAAUGUGCAUCCAGUGCACAUAACUGUGACUCAUCAGCAACGUGCACAAACACUGUUGGAUCAUUCACAUGCGCUUGUAAUGCUGGUUUCUACGGAAAUGGAACCUCUUGUCGGGGUUGUACCUUCCCUGAAUUGAACAUCGCCAGUGUUGACAGAACUACUGGCCAAGUAACCUGUGCAACUGGCUAUACACGUGUUGAAGGCAACUCAGUUGCUACAUGCCCCAAGAACUCAACAACUGGCAAUUGGGAAGGAGUUGGAAACUGCAGAGCUUUGUGCAGCGAGCCAGCAGCAAUCACCAAUGGUGUUGUGAAUGGAACUCGAGUAGCUGUUUCUGGCUCUUCAGCAAACUUGUACUCUUCAGCUGUGUAUAACUGCGAUCAGGGAUAUAGGCUUUCAACAGGCACGAGCAACACGCUUGUUAAUUGUUCCGUCUCGAGUGAUGUCGCUGAUUUUGGAUCAAUACCAGCUUGUCAAGCCUGUACGGUUGAUGGUAGUGGUCACAACAUUGCCUCUGUGUCAGCUAGUGGCACAGUAACAUGCAACGAUGGAUACUAUUACAAUGGGUCGCUGCCUGUUUGCCAAGAUGCGUUUGUGUCCUGGCAGAACAUUGGCAGUUGUCAAGCUUGCAAGAUUCCAGAAGGGCAGUUCAUUGAUUCCAUUCUUACCACUGGAGUUGUAACCUGUGUUCCUGGUUAUGAGAACAUUCCAGGCCAAACAGCUCAAACGUGUACCAACACUGGUGGGCUGUGGCAGAAUGCACCAACAUGCACAAUCAAAGUAUGUCAAAUUACUGCACCCGCAAAUGGUAGUGUCAGUCCACUUCCGCCGACAAUUAACUUUGAUCAGAAUGUAACUUACUCCUGCAAUACUGGCUACCGUUUGGUUGGUGAGCCUAGUUCUCUUUGUGAUGAUAGUGGAAGUCUUACAGCCGCGGCCCCCGUGUGCCAAGAUAUUGUAGAGUGUGAUAACGCUACUCUCCAUGAUUGCCACCAUGAUGCAAUGUGUACUAACACUCAAGGAAGUUUUGGGUGUUCAUGUAAGAGUGGCUACACUGGAAACGGGACCUAUUGCACAAAUAUCAAUGAGUGUGUAAGUGGGCACGAAUGUGACACGAAUGCAAACUGUACGGAUAUGAUUGGUACUUAUCGUUGUGACUGUGUUGUUGGCUACAAUGGCACAGGAUUCUCUUGUACAAUUGUUACCUGCCAGAGGCCUACUCCGCCACGCAAUGGUACCGUAUCUCUGGGCAUCUUUACUUAUAACCAGCGGCUGAACUUUUCAUGUGAUACUGGCUACACUUUGGAAGGAGCUGAUCAUGUUCUUUGCGAACACAGUGGACAACCAACAAAUUAUACAACGACCACGUGUGCUGAUAACGAUGAAUGUACCCUUCGGACACACGCAUGUUCAGCUAAUGCAGCGUGUAGCAACAAUGAUGGCUCCUAUGCAUGUGCAUGCAAUCUUGGCUAUACUGGAAAUGGUACCAACUGUCAAGACAUUGAUGAAUGCAGCAGUAACCCUUGCCAGAAUGGAGUUUGUAACAAUCUGGUUGACCUCUACCAGUGUACGUGUGAUCCUGGAUACACCGGGAGUGAAUGUCAAACAGAUAUUGAUGAAUGUGCAAACUCGCUUUGUCAAAAUGGUGCGACAUGUCAGGAUGGCAUCAAUCAAUACACUUGCACUUGCUUGCCGGGAUACACAUCAACAUUCUGCCAGACUGAUAUUAAUGAAUGUUCGUCAUCUCCGUGUCUGAACGGUGCCACUUGUAUGGAUCAAGUGAAUGGUUACAACUGCACUUGUCCAACGGGUUUCCAAGGCAUCACCUGUGACAUGAACAUAAACGACUGCGCACCAAACCCUUGUGUGAAUGGCGGUGCAUGCUCUGAUGGGAUUGCUGACUUCACUUGCGCAUGCCAGCCAGGUUAUACUGGAAGCACCUGCAGUGUUGACAUUGAUGAAUGUGCAAACAACCCAUGCCAAAAUGCUGCUACAUGCACCCAAGGUGUAGCUCUGUACACGUGUGCCUGUCUACCUGGCUAUACAGGAAUUAACUGCGAAACAGAUGUUGAUGAAUGCUCGAGCUCACCAUGCCAGAAUGGUGGAGCCUGUAUUGACAAUGUGAACUCAUAUUCUUGCAACUGUACCAGAAACUAUGAAGGUGCUAACUGUCAGAACCUUCGGUCGUGCCCAGCACUUCACAGGAGAGCUACAGACAACGUAAAUUGUAUUCCCUGCUCCUGCGAUGCAAGUGGUACAACCAGCUGCUCCCAGACCGCGGGCACUUGUACAUGCAAAUCUAAUGUUCAAGGAGAUAACUGCAACCAGUGUGCUAGUGGGUAUUACACAGCAAAGUUGAAUGAUUUCAGUACAUGCACCUCAUGUCCAUGCCAAGCUGGUCGUACUCUUGGCAUGUGCAACUCAACUUCAGGCGAAUGUAGCUGCACAGCUGCUUAUUCUGGCCUAACCUGUAGCAGCUGCAAUCGAGGAUACUAUGCUGACAAUGGAGAUUGCUCCCUGUGCUCAUGUGAUAGCAGUGGAUCAUUGAGUGAUACAUGUGAUAGGGCAACAGGGCAAUGUAGUUGCAAGAGACUAAGCACUGGCCGUCAGUGUGACAGUUGUCAAUCAGGCUCUUUCCUCCCUUCUUCGACCACCACGUGCUUCAAUAUCAACUCUGUUCAGCGUUGCCAGGGCUGCGAAUGUUCGCAACAUGGUUCAUCCGGAACAGCAUGCUCACCAUCGGGACAGUGUACAUGUAAAACUGGCUAUACUGGCUCCAGAUGUGACCAAUGCACAAGCUCAAGCCAGUACUAUUCCGAGGCAUCUGGAUGUGUUGAGUUGCCGGCAAACCUUUAUAGUUCAAGUGGCCCUGAGCUUGGCCUUCAGGUCUCACUGAGCCAACCCUUCUACUUUGGAGCAUCCUAUGAGCAAUACACCAAUGUUACGGUCUCUCCAAGUGGCUUCCUUUCUUUCCGCCAGUUUGCUGGACAAGUUAACUUGCCGCGGCAUGUAACAGAUGCUUCAACAGUCGUGGCACCAUUCUGGACUUCAGAAGGUGCAGAUCUGAGCUGCGGUGCAAGUGUUUCCGUGACACGUGCCGAUGCCGCUACUGUGCAAGCAAUAAACAGCGAUAUCAACAGCAUUCAGAAGCCUACCCAGACAUUUGCUGCUACCGAAGCUCUGAUUGUGACUUGGAAUGGCAUUCGCCAGUCAUCCAACUAUAAACAGCUGAACACCUUCCAAGCAGUAAUUGCAAGUGAUGCCUGUCAAUCAUUUGCAAUCUUCAAUUACCCUGUUGGUGGCAUUCAGUGGAGUGGAGAACUCAGUCCAGCUGUAAUUGGUGCAGGAGGCCAGUUCCACCCUCUGUCUGGUCUCAGCAGUUCCAAUGAUAUUGAUAAUGUGACAAGCAGAUAUAUCUCCAGACUUACUCCUGGCUGCAGUGCAAGUUUACUCAACCAAGUAACAUGCAGGGCAACACCAACGUUCAGCUCAUUGACUGUCAACCCAGACGUGUAUCCAGUCUGUCCAGAGUUGCAUCGCAGCAUCAGACUGCAGGAUGCAUUUUCUACUUACACAUCUGUGACGAGUCAAACUUGCUAUCGCAGCACGCCGCUGCCUGCAUUGGGCAUUGGCAGCAUCGCAACUGUUUGCUGCUACGAUGGAGACUUCUUGCUUUCAGGCUCCACUGGGCGCGCAUACGUCCAGUUGUCCGACAUGGACGAAACGUACCUCCUUGCCUGCUUGCGAACCAACUCGCAGUAUUUCCUCUCCUAUUUUUACUCUCUUCGUCCAUCUCCAUACAGUACAUACAGUACCGGUGAUCCAGUCUUAGCAGCAACAUCUUUUGGUGAUCCACAUGUAACCACCAUGAGAAAUUUCUCCUACGAGUUUCAUGUUACUGGUGAAUUUGUUCUUUCAUCAACUAAUGUCACUCUUCUUGGAAAUAGCAACAUGGAAUUCAGAGUAUCAGCUCGUUAUGAAGUCAAUCCUCCUAAUCCGUUUGGAGCCACAUCUGCAACAAGACUGGCGUUUGAAUUAGGUCAGAACCUGACUUAUGAAAUGCACUUGGGCAGUGCUGGCAACAUUAUUAUCACCCAGAACGGUACUGACAUCACCAGAAAUGUGACUAAUGGAAGUGUUCGAUUCCUAAUGCUAAGGCGGGCCAAUGUUGUAUCAGUUUCUGCCGGCAGAAUAACGGCAACAGUUAAUGUUCAGUCUGGUAUUGCCCUGAGCGUGGAAAUGCAAGUUUAUCAAAAUCAAAUUCCACGAAUUUCUGGCUUACUUAACAUCGAGAAUGAUCUUUCAUCCACCGCUAACAGGACAGUUGUUUUCACUACUGCGUAUUCCCUGUACCAUCUUCAGCAAGUGGACAGUCCUUUCACUUAUGGUCCUGGAGCCUCGUACGCAACAUUCAACCCUCAUGCUGGUAUUCCCAGCCCCGUCUUCAUUGCAGACUUGCUCACUCAAAAUCCACCUGCUUUCUGCAAUGGCAACGUGCAGUGCGCGUUGGACUUUGCUGCCACUGGGCAAGAGGGCUUUGGUGAAGCUACACUUGAUUUUAAGAACGCGUUCGAUGCGACCAGUUUAAUCAUCAGUGCUGUGCCUCCUGCAAUCAUUCUAAAUACUACAUUCUUUGUUGGAGUGUUUGGCCAAAACAGCUCCUUAGGCGUCAAAGUAAAUUCUACUAACUCUAUUGUCAAUUUGUCAAUCCACACAAUGACUGGAUUUGGUACUCCUUCCGACCUAUCCUGGGUUGCGAAUGGUACAAAUGAGCUUGCUCUUCGCUGGCUGCCAAGUGUCCGUGUACGAUCAUCGACUCUAUCAAUAAUUGCCACCGACAGCGCUGGUCAAUCUUCCCUUCUCCAAGUUCCUAUCGCACUUUGUGGUUGUCAAGGAUCUUGUGGUAGUCCACCCCAAACUCCUGUCUCCCAGUUCACCCAGCUUCCUUGCAUCGCUUGUGACCCGGGCUUCACUGGAGAUCAGUGUCUGUCCGACAUUGAUGCUUGCACGACUACACCUUGUGCAGCAUUGCGUAACUGCACAGAUCUAGUGGCUCCCUCAUCUGGUCGACAGUGCUCAGCAUGUCCAUCAGGCUACACAACUCCCAGCAGUGUUGAUGAUGCAUGUGUUAAUAUCAAUGAAUGCACCACAAGGAGUCCAUGUAAUAGCACUAUCAAUACUUGCCAAGAUACUGUCGGUUCAUACAUGUGUCCAUGCAAAUCUGGAUAUACUGGCAGUGGCGACAAUAACUGUCGAGAUGUGGAUGAGUGUUUGGCUGGCAGUCAUAACUGUGACGUUAUGAACAAUGCAGUCUGUGCUAACAAUGUUGGAUCAUUUACGUGUAGCUGUGAAGCUGGAUACACUGGAGCGGGAGUGGCAGGUGCCCCAUGCCAAGACUUCAACCAAUGUCUGCUUGGUGGACACAACUGUCACAGCAGUGCCACGUGUACUGAAAAUCCCUCAACUGCAAACAGUUUCAACUGCACUUGUCCGGACGGCCAGUUGCAAACAUCUGCUGGAAAUUGUAUUGUACUUGCAGAACUUCAGACUGUCACCAUGCCGAUGAUUGUUCCAAAUGCUGCCUCCGUCAGUUUCAUUUGCUCCUUUACUGGUGUUGUGACUGGAGGCAUUGUUUGGACCUCGCCUAGUGGCAACAGGAUUGCUACUGCUGCUGCUGGUUCAGCCUUCAGUUCAACAACAACAUUGCUCACCUCUGGUACAACUGAGGGUACUUUAAUGUUCACAUCCUCCUUUGCAAUUGCUUCAAAUGGUGAAAGGAUAGUCCCUGAUGGCAACUACAUAUGCACAGCAACUAAUGACCGUGGCAGUACAUCUGGUCAAGUUGUGCUUUCUGUUGACCGAGAUGAAUGCACAGAAGGAACAGCUGAUUGUGCAGUUGCAGCAACAUGUAAUAAUACCUUGGGAUCUUUUGUCUGCACAUGUCCACUUGGAUACAAUGGGAAUGGCCGAGGACCAUCAGGUUGCGCUAACGUCGAUGAAUGCACCACUGGUGUUCACAAGUGUACUGCAUCUAAUGCAGUUUGCUCUGACACCAUGGGUUCUUACACCUGUGCGUGUGCUAUUGGAUUUACCGGUGACGGCAUAAGCAGCUGUGCAAAUAUCGAUGAAUGUAGCCUUUCAGUCAGUCCCUGCACUUCACCAUUUUCAACUUGCUCCGACACCAGUGGAAGCUAUCAGUGUAGUUGUGUAGCUGGAUAUACUGGUGGUGGAACUUCUGCUAGUCCAUGUCAAGAUGUGGAUGAAUGUUUACAAACUGGAGUGUGUGUCGGCAUUAUCAACAGUGUAUGUAUAAACACAGUUGGCUCCUAUCAGUGCGUGUGCGGUGCUGGCUUUAAACUCAACGGAGAUAGAACGGGAUGUGUCGAUGUGGAUGAGUGUCAGAGUGGAGUGCACAAUUGCACAUCAGUUGAAACCUGUACUAAUGCACCAGCUGGAAAGGGAUUCACAUGUGCUUGCAAGACUGGAUAUACUGGAUCACCUUGCUCAGAUAUUGAUGAAUGCUCCUCCACUGCAUCACCAUGUCAUAUGGCUGAAAUGUGUCAGAACACUGAUGGCUCUUUUACAUGCCAAUGCUCGUCUGGCACACAAACAUCUCUGCCUACAUGCAAUAUUCCGGAUAAACUGCAACCUGCCACCAUAAGCACCACUGCAAGCCGAAGAAUUGACAUUCUAAUCCCCGGUGUCGCGGCCAACAGCAUCAAUGGUGAUAACAGUUUGAGUCUUUACCAGAUUAGUAUUCAACGGACACAAUACCUUGGAAUUAAUGUAACAGAGGCUGCUGAAUUAAGAACACUGGUCCUCCAGCCCAACCAAUGGCUCAAUCCAGUGAUGUUCAGGAUUGGUGGUCUCUUCCCAGCAUCGCAGUACAUAAUCACAGUAUCUGCUCGGAAUAAUCGUGGCUUGAGCCUUCCAAGUAAUGGAGUAACUAGCACAACAUUAGAAGAAGCUCCCUUGGCGCCAACUGCUCCGACAGUGACUGUUAACAGUGCCACGCAGUUGCGUGUCACGAUUGCUGCACUUACAGCUAAUCGGCAACUUGGAGUAAUUCAACAAUACAGCAUUGAAUACUCAACGGUAGAACAAAGCCAGGAACUCGUUACUCCAGUGGUGACAAGUAUCAAUGUCACAGGCAGUGGGGAUCAUGUUGUCAGCGGCCUUACUGCUGCUACAAAGUACCAAAUACGUGUCCGUGCUUUCAACACCCUAGCUGGACUGUUCAGCACUUCAGAUUCUGCCACCACCAGCAAUGCAGCACCUGGGCAACUUGCCGCUCCUAGCCUACUCUCAGUCGUUUCGACGAAUGCUAGUAUUUCAAUCUUGCCAUUGGCAUUGUCGCUCCGCAAUGGGAGAAUUACUGAAUACCGCGUUUCAAUUUUGAGGACAUCCGUUAGCACUUACACAGUGUCUGAGAGUCCCACUACUCAAACGGUUGUAGCAACCUCACAAAACUCUGCUGUUGUGGCUACUUUGACUUCACUGACACCUGCCUCUGAGUACAGUAUCACAGUUUCUGCUCAGAAUGGCAUGUCUGGUGCUAGUAGCCCAGCCCUUACUAUCAAGACAGCUACUUCCAAACCUGGGAAACUCCCCCGACCAGCAGGCACAGCCACAGCAACAACUGCCAGUAUUACUAUUCUUCCAUUGACCAAUACCAUGCAAAAUGGCAGGAUCACUCAUUACAGAUUGUCUGUGAGGAGAACACAGCUAAGUGGUGUGCCAGUUUCAGAGACCGCCGCCGUUCAUUCAAUUCCAGUUACAGCUGCUCAAGUUUCUCAUCAGUAUUCGUUGAGUUCAUUGUCAGCUGGCUCUGUAUAUUCCAUUGCCGUUCAAGCUGUGAAUGCUCACCCUGUGGCCGGAGAUUUCAGUGAAGUGCUUACUCUGUCUACCUUAGAUUCAGUACCUGCAUCUGACUUCUCGUCCCUCGGCCUUGUGGCUGGUGUGAACAACAUUGUUCUUACCAUUGCACAGCCCUUGCUUGUCUUGCGCAAUGGAAAAAUUGGAGGAUUUUCCAUCACUUAUCAGCAAAUUGUCCCGCGUACUGACGCUCCGCCCCAGACUGAAAGUGCUAGCCUUUUGAGUGGUGAUUCCGUCGUGGCUACCAUUUCCAAUCUUGAGGAGCACUCGGUGUUUACUUUCACAGUCUCGUCUUGUCUCGAGAGUGCUGCAUCUGUAUGCAGUACAGGAACAUCACGCAAUAUCACAACCAACUCCAAAGCUGCCGACCGUGCCCCAGAUGUAAUGUUCUCUUCGUUGAGUGACAACAUCACUUUCAUCUCAACUCUCAAUGUCACUUUUAAUGGAAACUCCAUUCCCAUUCUAGAGCUUAACAGUCUUGUGACGGCAUAUGAAGCCAUCCUUACUCAAUCUGGUGAAACAUCAUCUAUUCUGCUCAAUGCCACCGUUCCUGGCCAUGCCAUUGGGGAGGCCGCACCCGAUGCCUCAGUAUUGUUCACAAACCUGAAGCCCAAUACUCAGUACAGUGUUCAGUCUCGUGUUUACAGUAGCUCUUCUCUGAACAGUACCUACCAGCAUCAAAGCCAGCUCAGCCCUGUGUUCCAAACAACAACUGCAACAACACGACCAGAAGCUGCCUUCAGCGGAACACCUACAGUUAGUGACCUCACACCCACGAGCUUCACGGUUUGCUUCUCACCUCCGCUACAAGCUCUGCAGCAUGGCACAGUAACCUCUUACCUUGUGUUUUACACUCUUGAGAGGGUGCAGAAUGUUAGGCAAUCGGCAACACCUGUGAUGCUGAGAAUUGCAAGUUCUUCAACUCGACAGAACUGUGCUUCUUCUUCAUUGGCCCUGGAGCCCAGCAGCACCUACAGUGUAGCCAUACAGGCAUGCAGUGUUGAUGGAUGCAGUGAUCAGAUGCAGGCACCCAUGUUUACUACUUUGACUGAUGAACCCUCUGCCAGUGGACGGGUCACAUUGGAAACAACAACGUCAACUACGGCCACAUUGACUGUUGAACUUCCUGGUCUUUUGGAUUCCAACGGUCCUAUCACUCAUUACCGUUUUUCAGUGCCACGUACUCUUGUGAAUGCUGCUCCCAGUCCUAGCCCAGAUCCUAUAAAUAAUGUAACUCGCCAGGUAAGCCCUGCUUCACAGUUCGCCCAAUUCACUUUUGAUGGCUUGGAGGAGGGUGCUAUUUAUGCUGGGUUUAUGGCGGCCUGCACAUCGUCAGCUAAUGGGACGCCACAGUGCUCCGUAGAAACUGCGGUUGUACUAUUUUCUACUUUGGAAUCUGCGCCUGCCACAUCUGCUUCAGCUGUCAAGGCAACGGUUGUAAGCUCUACUUCUAUUAGCUUGACUGUGUCUCCGCCAGCCCUGUUGAAUAGGAAUGGUCUCAUCACGGCUUAUAGGGUGGCCUUCAGCAGUCCGCUCUCGCCGAUUGCACGAUCACGCACGUUCUCUGUCCCCAUCACCGAUAAUCACGAGGACGCCCGGGCACUUGUUAUCUCUGGUUUGAGGAAGUUCCAGUUGUACACAUUUGCAGUGACAACCUGCACGCAGAUCGGUUGCUCCGUGGUCACAACAAACACCAAUGCUACAACUUUGGAAGAUGCACCAACUGGCAUUGUCCAGAAUGUUGUGAUAGCUAAUGGAACUGUCACUCAGUCAAGUGCUGUUUUGAGAGUGUCAUUUGAGGCACUUCCCGAGGUAGACCGCAACAGUAUUAUCAGAGGGUAUGUCCUGCGUGUUCAAGAUGCACAAGUUACCCUGGCUACAGCCAACCGAUCUGUGUCAUCAUCAAGAGAAAGCGUAUCAACAACUGUUGGUGGACCUGAACUCGAAAGCUUCACCGGCUAUGUGCUGACAAUUACUGCCUAUAAUGGCCUGGGCCAAGAGGGGCCGGAAUUCCGCGCUCUGAUUUUCACCGGAGAGUCAGUGCCUGAGGCUGUCGAGCAGUUGAACUUCUCAUCUGUAGCCCCAACAGCUUCCAAUAUUACCUGGGCUCGUCCAUCCAACUAUCAUGGAAUACCAGUUGGUACUACAUUGGUUUUGACCAACACACUUGUAUCUAAUAAGAGCAACGUCACAUUCAAUCUGGCUGUGAACACGUUUUCACAUGUGCUUGAUUCUCUGGACGAGUUUGUGCGAUAUUGGGUUGAAGUCUACUCCUCCACAUUGACCGGUCCGGGAACUAAUUCCAACGUGUCUUUUGUCACUUGUCAAAGUGUUCCCAUUGGAAAUCCAGUCUUCUCGGUUCAAGGAAUCUCUUCCAGAAAUUUUGAAGCUGUGUGGUCACCGAUGGCUGUGACAGAACGUAAUGGUAUCAUCACUCAUUACGUCUUCACACUCAUGCGGUUCACUUCUGCAGGUCAUUUUGCAAACAUGCGCAGCGUCACCUACCAACGUAAUAAGGACUCAUUAAAUGGCACUAUUGGACAAGACCCACUAACCGGCUGUACUCAUCGUGUUGGCGUGCCGGAGGAGACUUCUGCUGACUCCUAUAGUCAGAUUUUCGACAAUCUCCACCCAAAUACAACUUACAGUCUAUCAGUGUCAAGCUGCACCUUGAUUGGCUGCAGCAAUGUUUCCUCAGCGAUCAAUAUAUUUACAAUUGAAGAAGCACCCGGUGCUGGAGUUUUGGGAGUUGUUCUGGAGAUCCAGCAUGAUUCUGUUCGACUGUCUUGGCAUGCCCCGAAUGAAACAUUCCAUCAUGGUAUUAUUCAAGCUUACCACAUCAUUGUUUGGUCAUCUGACAGUCGCAAUUUGACCUCGUUCUUGCAAGAUUUCAAUGUAACUAGCAGCACCUUUACAACAGUUGUUAGAGGCCUGGAAGCUUACUACAACUACUCCUAUUCUAUUGUAGCUGCUAACGCUGCUGGUCGUGGACCGUCAGUCAAUGGAAGCUUCAGAUCAGCCGUCACGAAUCCACUUUCGGUGAGCAAUACUGUUGCUACCUUAGUUAGUGGCCAGCCUGCUCAUGUCACAGUCUCCUGGACAUCUCCAUCUGUACUGAAUGGCAUCAUUACGCAGUACCAAGUUCUUCGCAAGGCAACAAAGAGGGUGUCGGUGAAUGGACGACUGGUUAUUCUCAACGACACACUCUAUGAUUCGCUACCUGUGAAUGAGGCUGCUGGCACUGAGCUAAACAGGCCGUUUUCUCUUGUUCUUCGCAAAUUGACCGGCUCCACUUCGUACACAUUUGAGGUCAUUGCCUACAUUGGUGGCCUACCAAGUAACAACAACACUGUUAUCAGCUUUAACAGUCCUGUACAAGCUGCUCCAACUGUUCAGCUGCCGAUAGGCACUGCCAUGUUACCUACUGUGCCACCGAAUGUAUUUGUGUCAGUUGCACCAAACUAUGAUUCCACACGCCAUAUCCUAGUUACCAUUCCGGCAGAUGAUGAGACUCACGGCAAGAUCGAAUACUAUAUGAUAGAAGUGGCUGUAGCGUGUGGUGGAAAGUACAGCAAUGCUGCUGCUGUUCCAUACACUGAGUACUCAAAGUGCAGGACAUGCCCAUGCCCGCCAUACAUUGCUCUGUAUGGACCUCGUUUCAACAUCUCCUCAUCAACUGGAGGGACUACGUCCAUUGCACAACUCGGCUCCGAGACCAAUCCUCAAUCCUGUUCAGUUGUGUGUAAUCCUCCCUUGCCAUCUGGAAGCCAAUUCAGGAUUCUUGUUAGUGCUGUCACCAGCGGCCCAUCUCCAAACGCACUGAGUGCAGACAUUGCAACACUGCGUUUGGCCUUUUCCACAAAUGUUGUGGCUGGAUCUUUCGGCACAACUACUCCUGCAGAAUCUUCUUCUGGAACGGUUAUUGCCGUUGUGGUUGUCCUUAUUCUACUACUUGGGGCGGCUGCCAUUUUUGGUUUCGUCUACCACCGAAAACUCCAAACUAAGUCAAUGAAUAUUGAAGAACUGCACAAGAACUCAAUGAGCAACUUGAAAAAGUACACAACACCCAAGUCAGACGCACUGAUUAAUGAAAUUGUGCGCACAUCCAGCAUGAGCAAGAGUGAUGCAGUGACAUCUCCUAUAGGAGACAGGACUCAGCCCAACACAGCAUACGACACUUCUUCUUUCAAAAGUCCCUCACCAUCUCGUGUUCAGGUAUCAUCUGAGCCUAGACAGGACUCUCUUAGCACCAAACCAUCACUGCCCGUCGAGGACACCACGAUGAGUAAGCCCAUUGAGGUCUCCAACAUGCAAGGAGAGACUCGAGUGCGCAGUGCCAAUGAUGACCUUAUCUUUGCUGAAGAGUUUGAUUUCAUCAAAACAGUCGGUACAUCGCAGCUCGCUACCGUGUCCAGGCAUGAAGUGAACAAGCCAAAGAACCGCUACACCAACAUCUUGGCAUACGAUCACUCUCGUGUUGUACUUCCACCGCGAACUGGCCUUAGUGACUAUAUCAACGCCAACUUCAUUCAUGGAUAUCGCAAGAGGAAUGUGUACAUUGCUUGCCAAGGACCACUGCCGCAGACUGCCGCAGACUUCUGGUGCAUGAUUUGGGACAACAAUGUCCCGGUCAUUGCCAUGGUUACUCAACUCCUAGAGCGCUCACGUGUGAAAUGCCACAAGUACUGGCCGGAAGAGCUUCAUCAACCAUUUGAGCAUGGAGAGCUGACUGUUACGUUGUUGUCCGAGGAUACCAGCAACACUGACUGGCACGUCCGAAAGAUCUUAGUCUCCGAUGGUCAAACUGAGAAGACCGUUCAUCAUCUAGCCUUCCAGUCCUGGCCUGAUCAUGGUGUGCCGGCCACAUCAGACGUUCUCAUCCGCUUCGUCUUCACAGUACGCCAGUAUGUCCCAGCCAACAGUGACGCACCUAUGACAGUACAUUGCAGUGCUGGUGUUGGUCGCACAGGCACCUUCAUCUGUGUUGACACAUUGCUGCAACGCCUUGUGUACCGCCCAACCAUCGAUGUCUACGGCACCAUCUGUGCCAUGCGCAUGCAGAGGAACUUGAUGGUUCAAACUGAGGCUCAGUACAUCUUCUUGUACAAAGCCAUGACAAGUGUUGCUGAACUCUACCUCAAUGCAAAGAAAUCUUCGCCCAAUGCAACCGGUGCCGAUAUCAUCAACAAUAUUCGCUCCAACAUGCUUGGCCCUGGAGUCCUCCAGGCAGCCAUCUAAAGAAGCUGGUCUUCUGCUUGAUUGCUGCUACCCAUUUGCUUGUUUCUUCACCUGUAUCGUUCUUCGCCAAUAUUGGCAUUUUGCACACACCCCUGCCCCUUAUUCCCAAUUGCUUAACUGCUGCCUCUGCCAAUAUGUCCUUUUUUCUUUUCUUUUCCGUAUUGAUCUGCUUCAUGUAUAUCCUAGAAAGCUCCCAUUGGAUUUUUGAAAAUGAUUUUGCCAUUGCAAGGCCAGCUCUAGGCUUUCUACCUCUCUUUUCUUUUUUCAACUAGCCUAAGAGCUUCUGCGCCAAUGCGCGUUUAAGAAUAUUUUUAUUGACCCCAACACACUUCUUUUGAAGUCAAUGUUAUUUUAAAUAAUCCCGAAUACCACCGCUGCUUGAAUAGCAUCGCCGCUUUUCUGGUGAUAUUCGCAUUCGAUCCUACUUCCGAUGUAAGUGUGUUCGUUUAAACGUUCAUGUGCGUUCACAUGCCCCCUUUUGAAUGACCAUCUUCCGGCUCAAUAGUGCUACAGCCCAUGACUGAUUGUGGCACCACAGACCGGAAUUUGGUAUAGCUUGCCGGCACACCGUCAUCCCAGCUCACGCGGCUGAAGAGCUGCAUUCCAACACUCCCUGCUAACACUGCCUACUAGUAUUCUGAACAUUUGCGCGUCCAAUAUUUCCAGUACGCAUUGUGUUUUAGGGUGUUUUCGUACAGCAUCUCUCAAUAAAUUGUCCACCCGGCGGUACAUGUACCCUUCCUGCUACAGUUGUUGGUCUGUGCAGUAGUUUCUAUUGUGAUUACUUUACUAGGGGAGUCCCAACAGGCUACUGCCUUUUUACUGGGAACUCUAGUGCAGUGUGAAGUU